ACACGAACGAAACCGAACCUCUCUUCAUCCUCAACAAAAUCCGACACGAAAAUCUUCAAACCCUUCAAGAAAUCUAACCACACACACAGCCCAUUACAUCACACCAUGGACUCUACGCCACCCUCUCUCCGGUCGGAGCCCCGGACCCGAACCAAAUCCGCCUCAAGACUCUCGAAGCUCCGCCAUUACAGCGAUCAAGCCGGAGGUGGAUCACCCAUCCCUCAACUGUCUCUUGAGAUAGUCCCUUCCUCCCCCAAAAUAUCAACUCCAUCGCCGGCAUCCACUAUUUCCCCUAGACCCCCUUACACUCUUCCACUGCAAGAGCUUCUGAUGCUCUCGCCUUCCCCUCUUAAAAGAUCGAAAGCCCGUCUGGGGGAAAGGCUUGAAAUGGCUGAUGAUGUUGCGGUUGAGGCCUGUGGAGUUAGGAAAAGAUGUAAAAGUCGGAGUUCUGCCGCUCCGUCGCCCAGGAGUAGUCGAAGAUCCAGGAGGAGGGUGGAGCAGGAUAUGAGAGAAGAGAGGGAGUCUGUUGCCGGGGAAGAAAUCUGGGUUAAGCCAAGAAAGAAGAGGCACAGUGAAAGAUCUAGGAAGGAUAAAUCGAUUUCGGUUCCUCCGGUCCUGUCUCUGAAUUUAGGUACAAGUGAUGGUGAUGGGUGCAAUAUGGAUGCAAUUGGGGAGAUGGUAAAUGAUUUAGUUAUGUGGAAGGAUGUCUCAAAAUCAAGCCUUUGGUUUGGUUUUGGAUCACUCUGUUUCUUGUCUUCUUGUUUUACCAGGGGUAUUAACUUUAGCAUUUUCUCAUUCCUAUCUCAAGUGGGGCUUCUGUUCUUGGGAGUGUCAUUUUUCUCCAAUACCAUGCGGCAAAGGGACGGCGAUGGGAUUAGGCGUGAGAUUAAGUUGAAAGAAGAUGAUAUUCUGAGAGUCGGCAGAUUAGUACUCCCAGCAGCAAAUCUUGCAAUUUCAAGAAUGAGAGAAGUCUUUUCAGGAGAACCAGCAAUGACACUUAAAGUGGUUCCGUUCUUGCUUGUCGGAGCAGAGUAUGGCCAUCUUAUUACCCUAUGGAGAUUAUGUGCACUUGGUUUUUUUAUAAGUUUUACAGCCCCAAAACUCUAUUCUGCUUACUCGUCUCAAUUAUCUAAGAAAGUUGAACACCUGAAAUCUUGGGCAUUGAAUGCAUGGGAAAGCUGCACACACAAAAAGGUCGUGGCUGCAUCAGCGGUAACGGCCUUCUGGAAUCUGACAUCCAUCAGAACCCGAAUAUUUGCUGCGUUCUUGUGUCUUGUGAUACUUAGAUACCGCAGACAACAAACAGAAGCAAUGGGGGAGGAAGAUGCAGCAGAAGGUAAAGAGGAGCAGCAACAAGAAAAGGCAUUAGUUGCAGUGGAAAUUGAAUCCAAGAACUAACACUUAUAACCUAAUCUGUAUUCUUGAAACCUUAUUGUUUUCUCCAACUGAAGAGGGAUGAAGUUUUUGUAUUUGUCAGGCUGCAACAAAUGACCUAUAGAACUCAGAAUCUGUUAUCAUGACAUGUUUGUAUCUAAUAAUGCUGAUGAUAUAUGCUCACUUCUUAAUUCAUUGAUUA